AUGGCCGACUGGGGACAAUCUGCUGCGGCAGCCGCUAGUUGGGGCACAGCCGCCAUCACGACUGGAUACUGGGGUGACAGCGGCAAAGUUGCGGAUGGCGCAACCAUCAAGGCUGGUGACGAGAACAGGAAGGGCUUCGACGACCGUGAACAGGAGAGAGAGAACACACCGCUCGCAAACGGUGAGGGUGAUGACGUUGUCAUUGGAGUCGGCUUGGAGCCUGAGAAAUGUUUCAACUGUGACCAGCCAGGCCACCAAGUUGCCGAGUGUCCCGCCGCUCGGGAGAUGAUCUGCCAUAAUUGCAAACAGCCUGGCCACAUGCUCAAGAUGUGUCCUGAUAAGCCUCCCAUGGUUUGUAGCAAUUGUGGCCUAGAAGGUCAUACGAGGAACAAGUGCGAGAAUGCUCGCAAGAUCAAUCGUGAUCAUGUAGCCGAUGUUUCCCCCGAUACUGCAUGGGCGAAACUUGAAAAAGCCGUUGCGGAGAGAGACGCCGACGACACAAAGGCAGCGGUUCAAGAGUACGUCAAAGCGAUUGGUGGAGUCAUCACCUAUCGAGAGCUGCAGGAGGCCAUGUUCGACAAGGGCAUCAACCUGUUUCUGAUCGCUACGGAGCGAUCGCUCGUCACUGUCUUCACCAAUAUGGACCUUCAAGGAAAUAUGGGAAAGAAGUACAGUAUUUCGUACCGCUUUUCCGAAAAGCCUGACCGCCCUCGAGAAGCCGAUUCAUUCCCCAAAAGUCGAGACGAGCUACUUGCCCGCCUUGAGGAUGCGGGUGAAGUCGUGGACUCGGGCAAAGUGAUGUGCCGCAACUGUGGAGAACUAGGCCACCCUUCGAACAAAUCAGGGCACAAGGCGACGGAGUGCGAAGAGCCCCCCAAUCUUGAUAACGUUGAAUGUCGCAAGUGCAAUGAAAGGAGCAAGGUCCAGUGCAGCAACUGCCAGGAGUAUGGCCACACGAAAGUGCGAUGCAAUAAGCCCCCGGGCGAGUUUGAGGGAUUCGACGCAACGGGCUUUGAGAACCAAAUUGGACAUUCGAAUGGUCAUUCAGGUGGAAACAUGGGCGGCAAGGCUGUUGACGACUCCUGGACUGCUGCUGUUGCCGGCUGUCCAUCUCAACUAGCUGCCUGA